AUGGACGAGAAAUGCUUCCAAACUUCUUCAAAAAUAGAACAAAUAAACGGUGAUCGUUUCCAAAAAGACAUUUUCACAGACGAGAGUGAUGGGAAUGCUGAAUACCAAGAAAAACCUUCAAACCGCAAAUCCCUUAAGAAAUCUACUCGAAGAAGCAUUAAGUUCCAAGAAGAGCCAAUGACUCCUAAGAAUAAGAAGUAUGAUAUCUUGGCUGACCAGCAGUCAAGGAUAUCUUUCCUUAAGAAUGAAUUAUUCCAGUCUUCCAAGGCGCUGCAGGAGAACAUUCAGAUCUCUUACAUGUUGCUAAAUGAAGUAAAAAGAUUAGACAAUCUCAAAAUAGACUUAAUCUAUGACAAAGAAAGGCUUUCAACUAAAAAUCAAGAUCUGGCUGAUGAAAACCUUCGUCUACGUCAAAAACUCCAAAAGCUCUCAAGCAGGGUCUAG